AUGAGUACUACGUCAAGGAGGGGUGUCAGAGGUACCCUUUCCUGCACCUUACAUAAAUGGAAGAAUGCUAUGAGAAGGAUAACUCACGAUGUGCUGAGCAGAGUAGAUGAACGAAGUUAUGAAGAUGAAAGUGACGUGGAUGGACUUUUCCAGAGUGAUACUCUAAGGCGCAGUGGUGAGAGUAUAACUCUCGCUGGUACUAGUACCGAUAUGAGGGUGACUACCGAAACCGAAGAUGAUGGUACCGAUGAAACCAAAGUUUCUAAACAAACGACCGCAAAGGAGGAGCGUGAAAGAAUACCGUUUGAAGAUUAUGAUACUGUUGAUGAAUGUGCGAAACUACGACGUGAGACUGGUGAGCCAUUUUGUCAGGGAGAUAAAAUUUGGUUGCGUCGCAGAGAACUGUGGACACAACCUGCAAAGAGCAAUUCUAUAAAUGAAUCAAUUAAACGUAGUCGAAAAUUUACAACAAUUCCCCGCCAAUGUUAUGUUAAGAUUUACAAAAAGCUUUCGAUAGAUGAUAAGCCAUUAAAGGAGCCUCUAAAUUUAAAAGAUGCCCUAAAAGUAAUUGAUGCCGGAUGGACAGAAAUUAGAAGAUGUGAAGAAGCAGCAGUGAUUAAUGGCGUAGUAUGA